UCAGGCUCAAUCUGCGGCCAGCAGCAGCGGUGGUGCUGGUGGGGAGGAGAGCAACAUUUUAUCCACUUCUUUAUUCCCUCCUGUGGUUUUUCUACACUGGGAGAACAAAAGACGGAGAACUGCAUGAUCAGAGGCGCCAACUCCCCUUCAUCUCGACUGCACGCCGGGCUAGCUUGAUGCUCGGUUCAGCCUGCUAGCAGCCUUUGUGGCAGGGCUGUCCAUGCAUCCGUGGAGCCCUUAAAGAAACCCCGGGCUGGGAGAAGCCUCGGCUUUUUUUCUGCCUUGACAGUCUGCGAAAAAUUUUCUCCGAGUUGGCACACAGCAGCAUCCUUGUCAGCCUCAUUGCGCACCCAGAAAGCGGAUUUCCAGAGAGGAGCAUCAUCGCCUGGGCUCGGUUGGUUACACGUCGUCGCCUGUCUGCAACCUCCAGCUUGACAGGACCAAGAAACAAUUGAUGACUAAUUUUCCUUAAGAUAGGCUACAAUGUUGCGCACCACGGCCAACAUGUUGGCAACUGGAUUGCUUUUCUUGGGAUUGUUGCACAGUUUGGAAGUAAUCGCCCCGGGGAGAGCUAUUGAUGCCCCAAAGACCUGCAGCUCAAAGCAGUUUGUGUGUAAAGAUGGGGUGACGUGCAUCUCUAAGGGCUGGCGCUGUGAUCGAGAGAAGGACUGUCCAGACGGCUCAGAUGAAGAGCCUGAUGUUUGUCCACAUAGCACGGUCUCCCGCUGCCCCCCCAAUGAGUACCAGUGUGGAGGAACCGAGCUCUGCAUCCACAUGAGCAAACUGUGCAACGGGGCUCCAGACUGCACCGAUGGCUGGGACGAGGGACCACACUGCAGAGAGUUUGCAUCAAACUGCUCGCACUCGCUUUGGGGUUGUCAGGAAAGCUGUGCGGUGACUCCAGCUGGACCUGCUUGUUACUGUAAGAGCGGUUAUGAGAUCAGUGAAGAUGGAAAGACAUGCAAAGAUUUCGAUGAGUGCAGUGUAUAUGGGACCUGCAGUCAGACCUGUACCAACACUGAAGGCUCCUACACCUGCUCCUGUGUGGAGGGAUACCUGUCCCAACCAGACAACCGCUCCUGCAAGGCCAAGAAUGUGCCAGUAGAGCGGCUACCUGUCCUAUUGAUCGCCAACUCACAGAACAUCCAAGCCACCUCCCUGAGUGGCACCACGGGUCACAGCCUGCUGUCCACCAGCACCAAACAAACCACUGCCAUGGACUUUGUCUACGCACAAGAGACCGUCUGCUGGAUUCAUGUGGGUGACACACCCUCCUCCACGCACCUCAAAUGUGCCAAGAUCCCCAAUCUGAAGAGCUUCACAGAGGAGAGAGUCAUCAACAUCUCACUCAGUCUACACCAUGUGAAGCAGAUGGCCAUUGACUGGCUCACCGGAAACUUCUACUUUGUGGAUGACGUGGACGACAGGAUCUUCGUGUGUGACAAGGACGGGCAGACAUGUGUCACCCUCCUGGACCAGGAGCUGUACAACCCUAAAGGCAUCGCCCUGGAUCCCACCAUGGGGAAGGUUUUCUUCACAGACUACGGUCAGAUCCCAAAGGUGGAGCGCUGUGACAUGGACGGUCAGAACAGAACUAAACUAGUGGACAGUAAGAUCGUUUUCCCACACGGCAUCACUUUGGACCUGGUCAGUAGGCUAGUGUACUGGGCAGAUGCAUAUCUGGACUACAUCGAGGUUGUGGACUAUGAGGGCAAAAACCGGCACACCAUCAUCCAGGGCCUGCUGAUUGAGCAUCUCUAUGGGCUGACUGUGUUCGAAAACUACUUGUAUGCCACCAACUCGGACAAUGCUAACAUGCAGCCUAAAACCAGUGUGAUCAGGGUCAACCGCUUCAACAGCACAGACUAUCAAGUGGUCUCCAGGGUGGAUAAAGGAGGAGCCCUGCACGUCUACCACCAGAGACGCCAGCCGCCAGUGCGUAGCCAUGCCUGUGAGGUGGACCAGUUUGGGAAGGCUGGAGGUUGCUCAGACAUCUGUCUGCUGGGAAACAGCCACAAGACUCGAACCUGCCGCUGUCGCUCUGGAUUCAGCUUGGGCAGCGAUGGCAAGUCCUGCAAAAAGCCCGAACACGAACUCUUCCUGGUGUAUGGUAAAGGUCGCCCGGGGGUCAUCAGGGGAAUGGAUUUGAAUGCCAAGGUGCCAGAUGAAUACAUGAUCCCCAUUGAGAAUUUGAUGAACCCCAGAGCUCUGGACUUUCAUGCUGAGAGCGAGUUUAUUUACUUUGCUGAUGCCACCAGCUACAUUAUCGGCCGACAGAAGAUUGAUGGAACAGAGAGGGAUACCAUAGUGAAGGAAGGAAUACACACCGUAGAGGGCAUAGCCGUAGACUGGAUGGCCGACAAUUUAUACUGGACUGAUGACGGCCCCAAGAAAACCAUCAGCGUGGCUCGACUGGAAAAGGCUUCACAGACCCGUAAAACUCUCAUUGAGGGGAAAAUGACUCACCCUCGUGCCAUCGUUGUGGAUCCUGUGAACGGGUGGAUGUACUGGACGGACUGGGAGGAAGACCCUAAGGAGAGUAAAAGGGGCAAAAUCGAGCGGGCUUGGAUGGAUGGCUCAAACAGAAACAUCUUCUUGACCAGUAAAACGGUGCUGUGGCCCAAUGGUCUGAGUCUUGAUAUCCCACAGGGAAUCCUCUACUGGGUGGACGCUUACUAUGACCGCAUUGAGAUGGUCUACCUCAACAGCUCAGAGCGCAAGACUGUGUACGAGGGUCAGGAGCUGAACCACGCCUUUGGACUCUGCCACUAUAAACACUUCUUGUUCUGGAACGAGUAUCGUAGCGGCAGCAUUUACAAGCUGGACACUACCACUGGCACCGCCACUCUGCUACGCAAUGAGAGACCACCCAUCUUUGAAAUCCGCAUGUAUGACCCACAACAGCAACAAGGCUCGAAUGCAUGUCGUGUGUACAACGGAGGCUGCAGCAGUCUGUGCCUGGCCAUACCGGGAGGACGACAGUGCGCCUGUGCAGAAGACCAAAUACUAGACCCGGCAGACAACACCAGCUGCAAAGCCAACCCAUCCUAUGUGCCCCCUCCUCAAUGUCAGCCUGGGGAGUUUGCUUGCAAGAACAACCGCUGCAUCCAGGAACGCUGGAAGUGCGAUGGAGACAAUGACUGUCUGGACAACAGCGACGAGGCUCCUGAGCUGUGCCACCAGCACACCUGUCCCACGGACAGAUUUAAGUGCAAGAAUAACCGCUGCAUCCCCCUGCGCUGGCUGUGUGAUGGGGACAAUGACUGUGGGAAUGAUGAGGAUGAAUCAAACACCACCUGUUCAGCUCGUACCUGCCCGCCUAAUCAGUACUCGUGCGCUAGUGGGCGAUGCAUCCCUAUUUCCUGGACGUGUGACCUUGAUGAUGACUGCGGGGAUCGCUCUGAUGAACCAGCCUCCUGCGCGUAUCCCACGUGUUUCCCCCUCACCCAAUUCACCUGCAACAACGGCCGCUGUAUCAACAUAAACUGGCGAUGUGAUAAUGAUAACGACUGUGGGGACAACAGUGAUGAGGCAGGCUGUAGUCACUCAUGCUCCAGCGCUCAAUUUAAAUGUAACAGCGGCCGCUGUAUACCGGAUUACUGGACCUGUGAUGGAGAUAAUGACUGUGGGGACUACAGCGAUGAGACCCACGCUAACUGCACCAAUCAGGCCACCCGUCCCCCUGGAGGCUGUCACACAGAUGAAUUUCAGUGUCGAAUGGACGGCCUGUGCAUCCCUCUGCGCUGGCGCUGUGACGGGGACACUGACUGCAUGGACCUGAGUGAUGAGAAGAACUGUGAGGGCGUGACGCACAUGUGCGAUCCAGCCGUCAAGUUCGGCUGCAGGGACUCAGCUCGCUGCAUCAGCAAAGCCUGGGUUUGCGACGGCGACAGUGACUGUGAGGAUAACUCUGAUGAGGACAACUGUGAGGCGCUGGUGUGUAAGCUGUCCCACCAUGUUUGUGCCAAUGAUUCCACCAUCUGCCUGCCUGCAGAGAAACUUUGCGAUGGCACUGAUGACUGCCCAGAUGGCUCCGAUGAGAAACUCUGUGACCUGUGCUCACUGGACAAUGGUGACUGCAGCCAUAACUGCACAGUGGCCCCUGGUGAGGGGGUGAUCUGUUCUUGUCCACUGGGCAUGGAGUUAGGUGCUGACAACAAGACCUGUCAGAUCCAGAGCUUCUGCGCAAAACACCUGAAAUGCAGUCAGCGCUGCGAACAGGACAAGUUCAGUGUGAAAUGUUCCUGUUAUGAGGGCUGGGAGCUAGAGCCUGACAUGGAGAAUUGCAAAAGCACAGAUCCUUUCAAACCCUUUAUUAUUUUCUCAAACCGCCACGAGAUCCGACGCAUUGAUCUCAAUAAAGGAGAAUUCAGUGUGCUGGUACCAGGACUGAGAAACACCAUCGCCCUGGACUUCCAUCUCAGCCAGAGCGCCCUCUACUGGACCGACGUGGUGGAGGAUAAGAUCUAUCGCGGGAAGCUGUCUGAAAACGGAGCUUUAACCAGCUUCGAUGUGGUGAUCCAGUAUGGACUGGCGACCCCAGAGGGCUUGGCUGUGGACUGGAUAGCCGGAAACAUUUACUGGGUGGAAAGCAACCUGGAUCAGAUAGAGGUGGCCAAGCUGGACGGCACCAUGAGGACCACGCUGCUAGCUGGAGAGGUGGAGCAUCCUCGAGCCAUCGCCUUGGAUCCCCGCGAUGGGAUCCUCUUCUGGACGGACUGGGAUGCCAGCUUGCCCAGGAUUGAAGCAGCAUCCAUGAGUGGAGAAGGCAGGAAGACUAUCCAUAAGGAAACAGGCAACGGCGGCUGGCCAAAUGGACUCACUGUGGAUUAUUUAGAGCGCCGCAUCCUCUGGAUUGAUGCCAGGUCUGAUGCCAUCUAUUCAGCCAAAUAUGACGGUUCUGGACUGAUUGAAGUCCUGAGGGGACACGAGUAUCUGUCACAUCCCUUCGCCGUCACGAUGUACGGAGGAGAAGUUUACUGGACAGACUGGAGGACCAACACACUGGCUAAAGCUAACAAGUGGACAGGAAGUAACGUCACCGUUGUCCAGAGAACCAACACACAACCUUUUGACCUUCAGGUGUAUCAUCCAUCCAGACAGCCACAGGCCCCUAACCCCUGUGCUGCUAAAGAUGGCAAGGAGCCCUGCUCACAUCUCUGCCUCAUCAACUACAAUCAGACUUUCUCAUGUGCCUGCCCUCACCUCAUGAAGCUUGGCCCUGACAGACGCACAUGCUACGAGUCCCGUAAGUUCCUGCUUUAUGCACGCCAGAUCGAGAUCAGAGGGGUGGACAUUGACAACCCCUACUACAACUACAUCAUCUCAUUCACUGUGCCCGACAUUGACAAUGUAACCGUGGUGGACUUUGACGCGUUGGAGCACCGGAUCUACUGGUCAGAUGUUCGCACACAGACCAUCAAGAGAGCUUUUAUCAACGGCACUGGAGUUGAAACAGUCGUCUCUGCUGAUCUCCCCAAUGCUCAUGGCCUGGCUGUGGACUGGGUGUCCAGGAACCUGUUCUGGACAAGUUAUGAUGCCAACAAGAAACAGAUCAAUGUUGCCAGACUUGACGGCUCCUUUAAAAACGCCGUCAUCCAGGGCCUGGACAAACCUCACUGCCUGGUGCUACAUCCAAUACUGGGGAAACUCUACUGGACCGAUGGUGACACCAUCAACAUGGCCAACACUGAUGGCAGCAACAGAAGCGUUCUCUUUGACGAUCAGAAAGGCCCUGUCGGGCUCUCCAUUGACUUUGAAACUGAGCAGCUGUACUGGAUUAGCUCAGGAAACAGCACCAUAAACCGCUGCAAACUGGAUGGUUCUGGACUGGAAGUGCUCGAGGGAGCGAAGGGCAAGCUGACCAAGGCUACUGCUCUGGCAAUCAUGGGGGACAAGUUGUGGUGGGCAGAUCAAGGAACUGACCAGAUUGGAACCUGUGACAAGAAGGAUGGUGGCAACUGGAAAGUCCUGAGAAAUAGCACAUCCCCCAUGAUGCACAUGAAAAUCUACGAUGAAACUGUUCAGAAAGGCACCAAUCUCUGUAGCAAUAACAAUGGAGACUGUUCCCAGCUGUGUCUGCCCACCUCCCCGACCAGCAGAGCCUGCAUGUGCACUGCAGGAUACAGCCUGCGCACAGGCCAACAGUCCUGCGAGGGUGUUGGCUCUUUCCUGCUGUACUCUGUGCAUGAAGGCAUACGUGGUAUUCCUUUGGAUCCAUCAGACAAAUCUGAUGCUUUGGUACCAGUGUCAGGCACAUCUCUCGCUGUGGGCAUAGAUUUCCAUGCUGACAAUGACACUAUCUACUGGGUUGACAUGGGCCUGAGCACGAUCAGUAGGGCCAAGAGGGACCAAACCUGGAGAGAGGAUGUAGUCACCAAUGGCAUUGGCAGGGUGGAGGGUAUCGCUGUGGACUGGAUAGCAGGAAACAUCUACUGGACAGACCAAGGCUUUGAUGUGAUUGAGGUUGCAAGACUCAACGGCUCCUUCCGCUAUGUAGUAAUCUCACAGGGCCUGGACAAACCUCGAGCUAUCACCGUUCACCCUGAGAAAGGCUACCUGUUCUGGACAGAGUGGGGCCAGUACCCCCGUAUCGAACGCUCUCGCCUGGAUGGAUCUCAAAGGGCUAUCCUGGUCAAUUCUAGUAUCAGCUGGCCCAACGGUAUCUCCAUUGACUAUGAGGAGAGUCUGCUGUACUGGUGCGAUGCCAGGACAGACAAAAUCGAGAGAAUUAACCUGGAAACCGGAGAGAACAGGGAAGUGGUGCUGGCCAACAAUAACAUGGACAUGUUCUCAGUGUCAGUGUUUGAGAGCUACAUCUACUGGAGCGACAGGACUCAUGCUAAUGGCUCCAUAAAGCGAGGCAGCAAGGACAACGCCACUGACUCUGUGUCUCUGAGGACUGGCAUUGGGGUGCAGCUUAAAGAUAUUAAAGUUUUCAACAGGGCCAGGCAGCAGGGAACCAACGUGUGCAAGGACAAAAAUGGUGGGUGCCAGCAGCUCUGCCUUUACCGUGGUAAUGGACAGCGCACAUGCGCCUGUGCCCAUGGCAUGCUGGCCGAAGACGGCCGUGGCUGCCGGGACUAUGAUGGCUACCUGCUUUACUCAGAGCGAACCAUACUAAAGAGCGUCCACCUAUCAGAUGAGAACAACCUGAACGCGCCCAUAAAACCAUUUGAGGACCCAGAGCACAUGAAAAACGUCAUAGCGCUCACUUUUGAUUACAGAGGAGGGGGAGGAAAAGGUGCCAACCAAAUAUUCUUCAGUGAUAUUCACUUCGGCAACAUCCAGCGGAUCAGUGAUGACGGAUCAGAUCGAAAGACUGUGGUGGAGAAUGUGGGCUCGGUGGAGGGCUUGGCCUACCACAGGGGCUGGGACAUGCUGUACUGGACCAGCUACACUACUUCAACCAUCACCCGCCACACAGUGGAUCAGAGUCGCUGGGGCGCUGUCGACCGGCACACAGUGGUCACCAUGUCUGGAGAUGACCACCCCAGAGCUUUUGUCCUUGAUGAGUGUCAGAGCCUCAUGUUCUGGACCAACUGGAACGAGCAGUCUCCCAGUAUCAUGCGUGCCACCCUGACUGGUGCCAAUGUCCUUGUCAUCAUUGGCAAUGACAUCAGAACCCCUAAUGGCCUCGCCAUUGACCACCGUGCAGAAAAACUUUACUUCUCUGACGCCACCUUGGACAAGAUAGAGCGCUGCGAGUAUGACGGCACCAGGCGCUAUGUGGUGUUGAAGAAUGAGCCAGUGCACCCAUUUGGCCUGGCUGUGUAUGGGGACUACAUCUUCUGGACUGACUGGGUGAGGAGGGCCGUGCUCCGAGCAGACAAAUACACAGGCGGAGACAUGAAGGUGCUGCGGGCCGACAUACCACAGCAACCGAUGGGCAUCAUUGCUGUGGCCAAUGACACCAACAGCUGUGAGUUCUCUCUGUGCCGUGUCAACAACGGAGGCUGUCAGGACCUGUGCUUGCUGACCUCCGAGGGAAGAGUCAACUGCAGUUGCCGUGGUGACAGGAAGCUUUUGGAAGACAAUACCUGCAUAGCCCUCAACACAACAUGUAACAAUAUCGAUGAGUUUGAGUGUGGAAACGGAGACUGUGUUAACUACACUCUGACUUGUGAUGGCAUGGCCCACUGUAAAGACAAGUCUGAUGAGAAACAUUCCUACUGUGUAAACCGUGUGUGUAAGAAGGGUUAUAGGCGUUGUGUGAACAGUCGCUGUGUCAGGCAUAGCUCCUGGUGCAAUGGGCAGGAUGACUGUGGAGACAACUCUGAUGAAGUCUUCUGUAACACCACACUGUGCUCAGCUGAUCAGUUCCAGUGUAGAGACGGAGGCUGUAUCUCAAACUCCAGCAAGUGUAACCAGAAAGUGGACUGUGAAGAUGCCAGUGAUGAGAUGAACUGCACUGCCACGGACUGUUCCAGCUACUUCCACCUGGGAGUGAAGGGAGUGACAUUUCAGAAGUGUGAGUUCACCACACUCUGCUACGCUCCCUCAUGGCUAUGUGAUGGAGCUAACGACUGUGGAGACUUUUCUGAUGAAAGAAACUGCCCAGGGAGCGGGAAAACAAAGUGCCCCACACCCUUCUUUGCCUGUCCUAGUGGUCGUUGUAUCCCCAUGAGCUGGACUUGUGAUAAGGAGAACGACUGUGAGAACGGAGCAGACGAGGCUCACUGUGAUAAAUUCUGCUCAGCCUCUCAGUUUGAGUGUACAAACCACCGCUGCAUUCCCAACCGCUGGGUUUGUGACGGAGCUGACGACUGUGGGGACAGCAGUGAUGAGGACAGCAAGUGCAAGACCAAAACUUGUAGUCCAGAGGCAUUCCAGUGUCCAGGCUCACACGUGUGUAUUCCUCAGCGCUGGAAGUGUGACGGCGACAAAGACUGUCCUGAUGGGGCUGACGAAAGCGUCAAAGCUGGCUGCAUGUUCAACAACACGUGCAGCAGCAAUGAGUUCAUGUGCCAGAACCAACAGUGCAUCCCCAAGCAUUUUGUGUGUGACCAUGACAACGACUGCAGUGACGGCUCAGACGAGUCCCAGGAGUGUGAAUAUCCUACAUGUGGACCCAAUGAGUUCCGCUGUGCUAAUGGACGCUGCCUCAUCCAGAGUUCAUGGGAAUGUGACGGAGACUUUGACUGCCAUGAUCACUCAGACGAAGCCCCCAAGAACCCUCGAUGCACCAGCACUGAAAAGAAAUGCAACGACACUGCUUAUACCUGCAAUAAUGGAAACUGUGUCAAUGAGACAUUACUCUGUGAUCGACAAGACGACUGUGGCGAUGGCUCAGACGAGCUGAACUGCUUUAUUAACGAGUGUCUGAACAGCAAACUAAGUGGCUGCUCUCAGCUCUGCGAAGACCUCAAGAUUGGCUUCAAGUGCAGAUGCCACCCUGGUUUCCGUCUGAAGGAUGAUGGGAAGACGUGUGUCGACAUAGACGAGUGCACAACCACCUACCCCUGCACGCAGCGCUGCAUCAACACACACGGCAGCUUUCACUGUCUGUGCGUGGAGGGUUUCCAGCUUAGCACUGAAAACCCCACCAUUUGCAAAUCUACCUCUGAGGAGGAACCCUUCCUUAUCUUUGCCAAUCGCUACUACCUGAGAAAGCUCAACUUAGACGGCUCCAACUACACACUGCUCAAACAGGGUUUGAACAAUGCUGUGGCUCUGGACUUUGACUACCGCCAGCAGAUGAUUUAUUGGACGGAUGUGACCACACAAGGCAGUAUGAUCAGACGCAUGCACAUCAACGGCAGUGAUGUACAGGUUCUCCAUCGCACAUCACUCAGCAACCCUGAUGGUCUGGCAGUGGACUGGGUGGGAGGAAACCUGUACUGGUGUGAUAAAGGGCGGGACACCAUUGAGGUUUCAAAGCUGAACGGAGCGUACCGGGCAGUUCUCGUCAACAGUGGACUGAGAGAGCCACGUGCGGUGGCUGUGGAUGUACGCUACGGGUACUUGUACUGGUCAGACUGGGGUGAUAGCCCGCAUAUUGGGAGGAUUGGGAUGGAUGGUACAAACAGAAGUGUCAUUGUGGAGGAUAAAAUCACCUGGCCAAAUGGUCUGACUCUGGACUUUGUCAACGAUCGCAUCUACUGGGCCGACGCUCGAGAGGACUACAUCGCUUUUGCCAGCCUGGAUGGAUCCAACAGACACACAGUCCUGGUCCAGGAUAUCCCCCACAUUUUUGCUAUGACUCUGUUUGAGGAGUACAUCUACUGGACAGACUGGGAGACAAAGUCCAUCAACAGAGCUCACAAAACUUUGGGAAUCAACAAGACUGUGCUGAUCAGCACCUUACACAGACCCAUGGACGUCCACAUUUACCACCCAUACCGCCAGCCUGAAGUGGCUGGCCACCCCUGUCAAAUCGACAAUGGCGGCUGCAGUAACCUGUGUCUGCUCUCACCUGGAGGCGGCUACAAAUGUGCCUGUCCCACAAACUUCUAUUUAGCAGGAGAUGGCAGACAGUGCUUGUCCAACUGCACUGCAAGUCAGUUCGUCUGCAAAAAUGACAAGUGCAUUCCAUUUUGGUGGAAGUGUGACACAGAGGAUGACUGUGGGGACCGCUCAGAUGAGCCAGCAGACUGCCCUGAAUUCAAGUGCAGACCAGGACAGUUCCAGUGUGGUACAGGCAUCUGCACUAACCCUGCCUACAUCUGUGAUGGAGACAACGACUGCCAGGACAACUCUGAUGAGGCCAACUGCGACAUCCAUGUGUGCCUGCCAAGUCAGUUUAAGUGUUCCCACCCAAGUCGCUGCAUCCCUGGCAUCUUCCGCUGCAAUGGACAGGACAACUGUGGCGAGGGCGAGGAUGAGAAAGACUGCCCGGAAGUGACAUGUGCCCCAAACCAGUUCCAGUGUGCUAUCACCAAGCGCUGUAUCCCACGAGUGUGGGUGUGUGACAGGGACAACGACUGUGUGGAUGGAUCUGAUGAGCCUGCCAACUGCACUCAGAUGACCUGUGGGGUGGACGAGUUCCGCUGUAAGGACUCCGGCCGCUGCAUACCCGCACGCUGGAAGUGUGAUGGAGAGGACGACUGCGGAGAUGCUUCAGAUGAACCCAAAGAGGAGUGUGAUGAGCGGACGUGUGAGCCGUACCAGUUCCGCUGUAAGAACAAUCGCUGUGUGCCGGGCCGCUGGCAGUGCGACUAUGACAACGACUGUGGAGAUAAUUCUGAUGAAGACAAGUGUGUGCCACGUCAGUGCUCAGAGAGCGAGUUCGCCUGCACAAACGGGCGCUGCAUUGCCGGACGCUGGAAGUGUGAUGGGGACCAUGAUUGUGCUGAUGGGUCGGACGAGAAUGGCUGUGAUGUGAAGUGUGACAGUGAUCAGUUCCAGUGCAAAAAUGGCCACUGCAUCCCAAUCCGCUGGAGGUGUGAUGCUGACGCUGACUGUGUGGAUGGCAGUGAUGAGGAGAAAUGUGACAGUGGUGUGGGUAGACACUGCCCCCUGGAUGAAUUCCAGUGCAACAACACUCUUUGCAAACCUUUGAGCUGGAGGUGUGACGGCGAGGACGACUGUGGAGACAACUCAGAUGAGAAUCCAGAGGAGUGUGCUAAAUUCCAGUGUCCACCAACAAGGCAGUUUCGCUGUCAUAAUGAUCGUGUAUGUCUGCCAUUAUCAAAGCGCUGUGAUGGUGUCAACAACUGUGGAGACAACAGCGAUGAAACCAACUGCCAGCUGCCUCCCUCUAAACCAAUAUGUCAAAAAGACGAGUUCCAGUGCGCCAAUGGUCGUUGCAUCAGCUCCGUGCUUCGCUGCAACUACUUCAACGACUGUGAGGACUAUGGUUCUGAUGAAAUCAACUGCAACAAGAAGGAUACGGAGCUGAAUGACUGCCGUAGCAACAGGACAGUGUGUGGAGACGGAGAUGAAGCUCACUGCGUGGUGAACGGCACAGACUCAUUCUGCUCCUGCAAACCUGGCUUCCAGUCCAAUGGGCGCAACAGAUGUGAAGAUAAGAAUGAGUGUAAGCAGUUUGGUAUCUGUUCCCACAUCUGCAACAACACCAAGGGUUCCCACAAGUGCAGCUGCCACAAGUACUUCAUCAGGAUCAACGACACCUGCAAAGCUGAUGCUCCCAGACAAGUGCUCUACAUUGCUGAUGACAACGAGAUCCGCAGCCUCGACCCUUCAAUGCCUAACUGGCGCUAUGAGCAGAUCUUCCAGGGUGACGCCAAUGUGCGCAUUGAUGCUAUGGAUCUACAUGUCAAGACCAACCGCAUCUACUGGACAAACUGGCACACAGGACGCAUUUCAUCCUAUGAUCUACCUUCAUCUUCCUCCUCACCAAAUAGCAACCGUAACCGUCGGCAAAGUGACUCCAGGGUUACUAACGUGGAGAUUCCUGAUCUGAAGAUGCCCCGGGGCAUUGCUGUGGACUGGGUCGCAGGGAACUUAUACUGGACUGACUCUGGUCGAGAUGUCAUCGAGGUUGCCCAGCUAGGUGGAGGACGGCAUCGAAAAACUCUGAUCUCAGGCAUGAUCGAUGAGCCUUAUGCCAUUGUAGUGGACCCCCAGAGAGGGAAAAUGUACUGGGCAGACUGGGGGAACCAUCCAAAGAUUGAAACAGCUGCUAUGGACGGGACCAUGAGAGAGACGCUGGUUGAGGAAAACAUCCAGUGGCCAACUGGUCUAGCGGUGGACUACUUUAAUGAGCGUCUGUACUGGGCUGAUGCUAAACUCUCCCAGAUCUGCAGUGUGAGGCUGAAUGGCAGCGAUGCAGUCGUGGCUGUGAACAGCAUCAACAACAAACUAAAUCACCCAUUCAGCAUUGAUGUGUUUGAGGACUUCAUCUAUGGCGUCACCUACACCAACAACUAUGUCUUCAGAGUGAACAAGUUUGGUAAAGGUCCCAUUGAGAACCUGACCACUGGAAUGAACCACGCCACAGAUAUAGUCCUGUACCACCGCUACAAACAACCUGAGAUGACUAAUCCUUGUGACAGGAAGAAAUGUGAGUGGCUGUGUUUGUUGAGCCCCAGCGGACCUGUCUGCAUCUGUCCUAAUGGGCGCACGCUGGACAACGGCACAUGUGUGGAGCUGCCCCCUCCCACUCUGUCUCCUAUCUCGCCCCCAAGUGGCCCCUGCUUGGUGCAGUGUAUGAACGGUGGCAGCUGUUUCCUGAACGCACACAAGCAGUCUAAGUGUCGCUGCCAGCCAAACUAUGGAGGAGAUCGAUGUGAGAUUGAUCAGUGCAGAGACUACUGCAAGAAUGGAGGCACAUGCACACCCUCCCCAACCGGUUCUCCUACCUGUCGAUGCCUUAUUGGUUUUACAGGACAUAACUGUAACCUACGCACCUGCAAGGAUUACUGCAAAAAUGGAGGCAACUGCACAGUCAGUGCAGGAAACCAGCCAACCUGCCGCUGCCCUGCAGACUUCCAGGGUGACCAAUGCCAAUACAGGAGCUGUGAAGAUUACUGCCAGAACAAAGGGACGUGUCUGCAGAGGGAAAAUGGCUCCAAACUGUGUCGCUGUCUGCCUCAGUACACAGGCAGCAAGUGUGAGGUCGACAAGUGUCACUACUGUCGAGACGGAGAGUGUAUCCCCAGCAAUAGUUUUACAUCUACAGGAGAUUUCACCUGCCGCUGCUCGAAUGGGAGAAUCCAGCCCAGCUGUUACACGUGUGAUACAAAUGAGUACUGUGCAAAUGGCCAGUGCUCCAUUAACCCUCUAACGUGGCUUCCAGAGUGCAAAUGUUCACCAGGAUGGGAAGGGCUUCGCUGUGAGUCUGUAGCCAGCACUGGUGUUGAACCAGGUUCAGGUGGACGAACAGCCUCCAUCGUAAUCCCAGUCCUGCUGCUGUUGCUGCUGAUUCUUCUAGCUGCAGGGGCAUUGUUCUGGUACAGAAGACGGAUCAGAGGGGCUAAAGGCUUCCAGCACCAAAGGAUGACCAACGGGGCUAUGAAUGUUGAGAUCGGGAACCCCGCCUACAAGAUCUACGAGGGCGAACCUGAUGACGAUGCAGGGGAGCUGCUAGAUGUGGACUUCACGCUUGACCCAGACAAGCCCACAAACUUUACAAACCCAGUUUAUGCCACUCUGUACAUGGGAGCUCAGAACAGUCGCAACUCUCUGGCCAGCACAGACGAGAAGAAGGAGCUGUUAUCACGUGGAGAUGAGGAGCCCCUCGUGGACCCCCUGGCAUAGACUGUCCAUAGGCCUGAAUCACAAUAUUCCAAACACAUCCCUUUUCUUGCCUUUGAAAACAAAAAAGAAGAAAAAAUGAAGAAAAAAAUCUUUAAAAAGUGUGAGAGAAAAUUGAUAAAAAGUGUGAACACUGUAUAAAAUGUACAAAAAUGAAGGACUACUUUUGUAUGUGAUUGCAGUAUUAUAUUUUGUUCUUUUGAGAUUCCUCUGGUCAAAAAUGAAUAACAUUUUCUAUGAGAGAUUUUUAAUUUACACUUUGUCCCUUACCCUUUACCUAAAUAGCCACUACCUCUGUGCAAAAUGAAAUGGAAACAAGAAAAAAUCUGAAGAAAAGAUGCUAUCAUUGGAGCAAUUUUAAUUUUUUAUUUUUGUAUGAAUUGUAUAGAAAAGAAAAAAACAUUGUUCCAUUUCACCAGUGCCAACUGUUUGUUGUUUGUGUUGACUUUGAGCGGGAAAGGUAAAACUCAAAGUUUUCUAAAAAUCGGUACAUAUGUUGUCUCGCUGGGUUUCUUAGCGAGAUUGUGUGACAGAUUUGUGAUAGCACCGUUUGUGUAUAGCACAUGUACAAUGUCAAUACCAGAUGGCAACUACAGUAUUUCCACAAUUUUUUUCUCAGAGAACAAUGUUCAUGAAAUGAUUGUGUUGUUGUCUUCCUUGCACAGGAUACAUACUUUACGGUAAAGUGUAUACUGUUGGCUUUAUACCGUGAGAUGUAGAACAGGUAUGUUUGUUUUUAUCACGUUGUGUGACAGGUUGGAGCUUGCGUUGCUAAAGAGAGUGAGUGGUGAUUUGAGAUGAUGGAGAUUGAGGAAGUUGGUUAUGGGUCAAACAUUCCAGGCAGAGAUUAUACACGUGUGGAGAAGGGUGGCUGAUUAGAGGAGGUCCACAGCAGAUACUAAACUCUGAUGGACAGUGUCCAACCUGCAAAAGGCUCUUCCUCUGAAAGGAAGUAGAAGCUGCAGAUCCGAUAAAACAGAAGGUAAAUAUAGAUCCAGAAGGUUACUUUUGGUUGUCUUUUAUUUCUCCUGUCCUUUUCCUUUUUUAAAAACCAGAUAACAUCUGGCUUUGUGACUUCAUUUAUCUUUCUACCUUUUGAGGAGCAAUGUCUAUACAUCCACAGUUUUUGUAAUGACUCAGUCUUAAGAUCAUCAUGUUCAUUCUUUAGUGUCUUUCUAAUCUUGUUCUCUUUUCUCUGUGCCCUGCUGCUGCUAAUGCUACCAUUCUGGUCGCUCUGACACGUCCUUACGCUCAGCCUCUGUCCCAAAAUGCUGCUUCUGUCAGAAAUGUGUCAGCCAUAUCUUAAUGCAUGUGAACAGUAACACCAAUCUCUAAUGUAACUACGAUAACAAGUUUUUAUUUUGCUUACCUGUCAGCAAGUGUUAUUUUAUGCUGUUGUAUAUGUUUUGUCUUUAAUUGAGAGAUAAGUACAAUCAUUUUACUUAAAGAACAUUUUUGCAAAAUCAUACAUGCAUUUUCAAAAUUCUUUUUUCUGAUUAGUCCUUGUUUUGUUUUUUAAUGAAAAAUGACACAUAGCUUUUAUAGUACACAAUGCAUGGAGGCUCAGUCUUUCUUCUGGAAAGAGAAUAAUGUUUAAUUUUUGCUGGAGUACUUUACAAACUAAAUAACAGAUAUUGUUAUAAAUAAAGUUUUAAAAAAUUGUACAGAAAA